AUAUAUUAUGCUGAAGCGAUCGACAUCAAAAUCAAAGUGAUUUAGUGGAAACAGUUUUCUACCGAAAUGGAAUUUCAUAAAAAAAUACCCGUUAUUUCGUUAAAUUCAAAAAGCUAUUUUUCCCUAACAAUUGAAACUAAAAUAAGGCGCUCUUGUUACGCAUGCAUGCUUACAUUACAUCUAGGGCUAAAUCUAAUAACAUAAAGAUGCCAUUUUAUUUAAAACUUACACUUUUGUUCAAAUCCAAUUUUUUAAACGUUAUUACUAUGAGGUCAAGUUUCUUUGCAAACUUUUUGGCUUGAAACAUAUACUUACAUAUGUAAUGUAUUAUAUAGUAUAAAAUACAUAAGUACUACAGUUUCAUGUCUAUCAGCAAUCAACACUGUUAUAACUCAAAUAAGUACUUGCAUCUCAACGGGAGCGUUACAUCUGCCAUUCUCUCCCUCGUAGUUAAACGGCCCAUAUGUACCUAAAUAACAAUACACAUACGUCACUAUGCACUAAGGGGAUUACAAAAUACGCAGUAAAUCGAAAAAAGUCCUAACUCUUUAUAUCUCGAAACAUACUUACGCAGUUUUAGCGCUGUGCCGUUGUGCGCGCGCAUCGCUCCCCUGAACAUUUCACGCAAGCGAGCGUCACUCCGCCAGUAGGGCCCGUGCUGAGCGGACGUCGACGCGUCAUAGCUUCGCCGCGUACGUCGUUCGUCAUUCGAAUUUUGAAUUUAGAACUUUCAUUUAAAUAGUGAUUAAUUUUUUUUUUAAACAAAGUGCGUUUGUAGUGCCGUUUGGAUUUGGAAUUUUUCGGACGUUACUGUGUAUGGACCUAUGUUUUGAUCUGUAACAAUGAUGGGUGUCAGUUGUAUGAGCGUACGGCAGGCUAGGGGCGCUUGCCACUGCCCCGCGUGCCCUAGGGCUUCGCAUUUGCCCCCGCAGACGUUGGUGCUGCCUCCGAUGGCUAUGGAGCCCGAAACCACCCCCGUUAAGGACAAAAAGGGGGGCAAGAUGAAGGUGCUUAAGAAAAUUAAAAAGAAGAUUGGAUUAGCGCCCCGCACCUCCUGCACCGGCGGCGCCCCCAACAACCUGCCCCCGCUGGGAUUUCACAGCGUCCACGGAGAGAACAUCAGGAUAUCGAGGGAUGGAUCUGUCGCCCGACGAGUCGAGAGCUUCUGCAAGGGCGUCGCGUUCAGCGCGAGACCGGUCAGGGUUAAUGAGAAGGUCUGCCUUCGCUUCGUCGAGAUCUCCAACAGCUGGAGCGGCGUCAUCCGCUUCGGCUUCACCACCCACGACCCCACGACCCUGUCCCACUCGCUCCCUAAAUACGCCUGCCCCGACCUCACCAACAAACCAGGGAACUGGGCCAAGGCUUUAGGCGAGAGGUUCUGCGAAAAGGACAACAUCUUGUACUACUACGUGAACUCCGCUGGAGAUGUCCACUUCGGCGUCAAUGGAGAAGAUAAAGGGCUUUUCUUUACAGGAGUAGAUACUCGCUCGCCGCUCUGGGCGCUAGUAGAUGUAUACGGAAACUGUACAGCAGUUCAAUUCGCUGAUCCGAGAGUCCCGAAUCAAGUUAGAAGACCGAAUCAAAGUCCUGUUGAAGAAGACAGGCUUAUAUCAGGAAUGCGAUCGCUGUCUGUCGAAGAGUCACUCCCGCAGCCUAGAUACCAGAACCCAUUAGUGCCUUUAAGCCUACACAGGACUAAAGGCAGGAACGUGCAGUUUAUUAAUGAUAGAGGAGUCGCAGCUAGGAUUGAGGCUGAGUUCUGCCAAGGAUACGUGUUCACUGCGCGUCCUAUGCGUCCAGGGCAAACUAUCGUAGUCCAAAUCCUGUCUACAGAAACCGCCUACGCCGGCAGCUUAGCUAUCGGUCUGACCUCCUGCGAUCCGGCGACAUUAAGACCUUGUGAUCUGCCUGAUGACGCCGAACAGCUCCUAGAUCGACCAGAGUAUUGGGUAGUGCGUAGAGACGCCGCCAACGGUUUACGCAGAGGCGAUGAGCUGGCUGUAACUUUAACUUUAGACGGUGAAGUCCGUGUUAGCAGGAAUGGAUCAAAUCCUAUCACAGUCAUGCACGUAGAUCAUACCUUAAGAUUAUGGGCGUUUGUGGACAUCUACGGGGCUACGCAGAAAGUAAGGAUGCUGAGCUCUCAGACGGCUCAAACGCCGCCGCAGCAGCUGAGGGUCCUGGCGGGCUCAGCACAGCCGAUACAGACUAGUGCAGGUGGAACUGUGCUGGUCGUGAGUCUGCCGCCGCAGAAUGGUGCUCAGAAUUUGGCCAAUCAGCAGAUGACGUUGGCCAGCGCGCAUUAUAUUGAGCCAAUCCAGUCAUCCCAACUGUGCCUGAGCAGCCUCGCGGCCAUGUCGCCGCCGGCGUGCCCGGCCGCGCCGCCCUACCCGCGCCGCGCGCCCGCCCCCGCGCCCGCCCCCGCCCCCGCCGCCGCCCCCGACGCCUGCUCCGCCACGCAGAACAGCUGCAACGAGCUCGUCAACAUCCAGCCCGAGCGCGUGGAGCGACCCUCCACCUCUAGACAGCCCGCCCACCACCAGCCCAUCUACUCCGUCAUCGGCGAGGGGCAGAACCUCACCGGCACCGAGUGCACCAUCUGCUACGAGAAUCCUAUAGACUCUGUGCUGUACAUGUGCGGACAUAUGUGCAUGUGCUACAGGUGCGCGGUUCAACAGUGGAGGGGCAAAGGUGGCGGCCAGUGUCCGCUCUGCAGAGCUCAGAUCAAAGAUGUAAUUCGUACGUAUAAGUCUUGAUUUAAUUUUACUUUUAGGGCGUACGGUGUUGCCAGGUGAGAUUUAAAAAAUGUUAUAAUUGUUGAUUUGAACUGGCAAUACUGUUUAAUUAUUGUACUUAUUGAUUCGGUUUAGAGAUUGCCAAAUAUCACUUGACGUUAUUUAUUUUGACAUUUGCAUUUGGCCGCUCGAACUUAUCUUUGGUGAUUUGCCUGUUCAAAUGUCAAGGAUAAGUUCGAGCUGUCAAUUUAAGUUAAGACACUGACACUUAGUUUAGUAUAUGACGUGACAUUGAUAUGAGCACCUUAUUUCGUCCACUUAAAGAAAUUUUACAUUGCUCCAAAAUAUUGAACUGUUUCGAAUUUUGGAGUUCUGUUGUACACUAUUUGGACUUAUGAUAUAUGACAAAAACUAUUUAUAAUAAUGGAAAACCUAAUAUAUAACCUAAAAUAUGUAACUAUUGGUAUAUUAGUUGCUUUAUAAGGUCAAAAUUAUAAUUUCGAAUUGACAUUAACUGUUUUGUUUUAUGGCUAUGAAAAAUUUAUGUAAUGAAUACUGGCAGUUUAGAAAAGAAAUUAUCGCCAGUAUUUUUUAACCAUCAACACUUUUUUUUCAAUAUUGGCAACUUAAAAACCUGACUGUCAGUUUGACAGCAUUAAAUGCAGUGUUCAAUAUGAACUCGCUUGCAUUCAAAGAAGUUUCAGUUGCCAUUUUGGAAAUACUUGUUUACUGACUGACGAAGGUAGACUUUCACAAAAGGAAUUUGAAUGUAGUUAAUUCAAAUGAAUGUAUGGAAUUCACAUGUAAUACCAUAUGGAGUCAAUAUAACAAAAUAUUUUUUAGCAAUAAUGUAUAAAAUUGACCAGGAAUCUUAACAUGACAAACAAGUUUUCAAAAUAAAAUUGAAAAGAAUUAAAAAUGCACAAAUGCUACUACAUCCAUAUUGAUUUAUACGCAAUUUUUAUAUAGCAUUACAUGUGAAUGAUAUAAAUAUGUAUGUAUGAAAGCAGUAGUAACGGCUAGGUAUUAUAAUAAGCAGAUAGGAUUCCUAGCUUACAAUAUUCACUGUAUAUGCGUAUACCGGAACGUACCAUAAUCAAUGAAAAAAAAGCUAUAAAAUAUGUGGCAACACUUUUGGUCAAAGUGUUCGACAUAUUUAUAUGUAACCAAAUCUGUUAAGUAACGCAAUGGAUUUUUUAAUUGAAUAAUUAGUUGAUUUGAUGAAUAAAAUGUCAAUUCAUGAUCUUCCAUAGACUAUACCUUCAUUUUUUUGAUUGUGGUCCGUUUCGAUGCACGCAAAAAAAACAUGGCUACGAAAAUACGUACGUCCAUAUUGAUUAUAAAUUGAUGAUAGAUGAUAAUCGCAUUUAAUGAUUUUAUGAUCAUAUCAUUGUUUCUAUGUGUUACCGAGGUCAUUCGCUUACAUUUACUAUAGUACAAUAAUUUCGUUUUACAUUAGUGAAUGUUGGGCUAUGGCCUAUGGGUAGGGAGUUCCUAUUUACGGUUUUUUGGUAAAUUUUCUCUUUGGUCGCUCGAUUGAUGCUUCAAAAUGUCAUUUUUAAAGUAAAUACGAAGACUAACGUCAAAAUGACAUUUGAAGAGACCAAGCGCCAUGACAGAUAAGCGGAGUUGCCAGUAGAUAUAAAGCUACCGAGCAUUAUUGCCAGUGCUAAGCUGCUCGGGAAAAUUUACCUAAAAAAACGUUUUCUUCGAGACAAUAGUUAACCAGUAAGCUUUAAAAAUCUCUAUUGGUAUCAUUCCUUUCUUGCUCAAAUAUUUUUCUUCAUGGCAAUACUGAGUUGACAUAUCUAGACUUUGACAUAUCUAUCCUUUUGAAUUUGUACAUAUAUUUAAUAAUCAUUCCUUAGUGUGAUUGUACUGAAAGUUACAUUGGACUUUUGAAUCAUUAAAAAUGCAAUUUUUUAGUAGAAUCACACUUAAUUUUUAAAUUACCAUUAAUUUUGUGUAUACCAAACGUUUGCAGCCAGUUUUAUAUUUGAUUUAAUUUGUAUGUUUAAUUUAUUUAAUUAAUAUUUUAAUCAGUGGAAUUCUAAGUUUACAGAGACUGAAUAUGAUAGUUUCUUGAUAAAAAUAUCUCGAGUUGGUGGCAGACGCAUGUAACACCCAUGAAGCUAUCCAUAAGCUGCGAUGACCACAUUAAUUUUGGUGAGAUGGGGAGAUAUAAUAAGUAAAUGUUUAGCACAAAAAAUACUGCCACUGCCUCAGAUAUUUUUGUAUGGCAAUACUAUAUUAAGACUACUGAUUCUACAUACCAAAACAGUGUGACCAGUUUUCGACUACAAUAUCACAGUUUCAAGCCAAAUCUUUGUAUAAGUUAGCAUUAUAAUAUGUAAAUAUUAAUUGAGAUUAAGAUGUUUAGAUGCUGGUACAUGUCUGACUGAUAUUUUUCUCACUACUCUAAUUUAUUUUUCUGAAAAAAUAUUUUAUUUUAUUUGGCAACACUUUUGAUCAGUACUACCAACUGAAAGUAACAAGUUUUCCUUCGAAUAAGAGGUAGCCCACAUACGAAGAAAUCCAAAUCACUAUUUCUAUAGUUUUGUGGAAAAGUUCUUCGAAAAUCUGUUAUUUUGUUCUGACAGAUUUUCGUGGACAUGACCCUGAUUUCCGACGCGUCUGUAUUGGCCAUAAGGUUGUCAAAAAUACUAGAAACUUUAUUUAUCUUCGAUUAUUUUAAGUUGUUAGGUCUUCUAAAUUUCUUCAUUUUUCUCUAUUCAUUUGGACAUGUACCAUCAUCGCGCAACCAAGGUUUUCUGAUGUACUAACUUCAAAAUAUCAUUCGCUGUGUUGCUUUUAAUGUGUGUCUCAAAACGAAGUGUUUUGCUUUUGCUAUCCUGCUAGAGCGGAGAUUUUUACUUGAGCCUCCGAUUCCUAUAAGAUACUACAUUCUUACGGUAGAUGUCGCUAUGCACCUCCCUACGGAAGAUAAAGCCAGACCGAGCUAAGUUGGCAGCGAUUUCGAUAGCCCAGCCUGUGCAAGUGUUAAGCAAACGUCAUAAUUUCAUAGAAGUUUGACUUUUAAAAUAACACUUGCACUUUCUGGGCUGUCAAAAUUGCUGCCAACUUAUCUUGGUCCGACUCUAUGGAGAAAUUCGCACGCACGGUGAGCUGCGGUAACUCAGUUGCUUAACACAUUCACCGCUGAGCUACGGUCAUAGCGCUACGUCGUAACAGAUAAUAUAGGUUCCCCGGUAUGUAGAGGAAAUGCUUCGUAGAGGCAAAACGACAACGUGUCGUGAUUAGCGCUGAAUGGGUUAAGAUAGACCAAAUGUUCCAAAAGGUCGCAAGUUCGAAUCUUGCCCUAAGUGAUGAAUUUUUCCAUUUUUCUUUAAAUUUAAAAAAAUAUAGCUUUUUAUUCCGACCUCAUCUACCAGAAAUCUCCAACUCUGAAGUAUUGUGCAAAGGAUUAACAAUUUUACGUGACUUCCAAGAAAAGCCUUCAAGAACAAAAAGCUUACUCCCAUCCUUUACAUCACGUAAUGCACUUGCAACAUCUCUGGUGUCCAUGAGCAUCGGCAAUUGCUUACCAUCAGGCGAUUGUCCUCAAAACAAGCAGUUAUAAUAUGUGUGAAAGAAAGUUUUUUUGUUAUUUUUGAAGUUUGGCCACCGGAGAACCUCGGUGUAUGUGAUAUGAUUAUUUCUGCGGCUCACGUCUGUACAGCUGUCGUCUAGUCGUUAGUAUAUUUAUUUACGUUCUUGCUACGAUGUUGGUUAGAUUAAGUUUUCGAAUAAAAAUGAUUAUUGAACA